AUGGAUGGCAAAACAUCCUGGCUCCGACUUUGGCACCACACAGCAUGCUCAGAGCCUCUAUCGCGGCUAGAUAUCCAGCUCUCCGGAUCUGAGCCGCGUUUGGAUGCCGCUCACUGUAUGGGUGAUUUGACCCAGCAGGCCGCACCCAAAGCUUGUUUUUUAAACGAGUGGCCGCCCCGGAACGAGACAUUAACAGUUGGUUAUACCGAUGCCGGUGUGUCAUCCGGUGUCGUGUUCCUGGAGAAGGGUUGA